CGCUGUUAUCAACAUCGGCAUGGCGUACCCGCUGGCAUCAGCAUCACGUGUAUAACAUCUGUAGCCACUGCCAUCAGCAUCGGCAUGGCGUAGCUGCUGGCUUCAGCAUCACGCGUACAUCAUCCCCUCUAGGACUUGGUUGACGGUUUCUUCAUGGGUUGCGAUAAGGAUAAUGCCAUGGCCGUGUUCCUCCAUGUGUUUGUAUGUGCUGAAUUAGGCCUUGUCCCUAGUGUUGACGUAUAAAUGAAGGAAGGGCGUCUCACGAAAGGGGGGCCAUCACAGGUUAUAGAACAGUUUGAGAGUGAAUACUGGCUCGACAACACGUACAUAAGGACCGAUCUGUGGACUUCUGUUAAAGGCCUUGACUGUUCCCGCUAUGCGUUUGACCGCAUUCAAAUAAAUUGAGAAGCGAGUACGACGCAGUGGUAUCAGUCACCUCGAGUUAACGCAAAUAAUCUAAGCGCGUGAAAUGGCGCUUACAGUCAAACGCAGAGGGAGAUCGUUGCUGUUACUUUGCCGUGACGAUAAAGAGAAGGACGGAAGGAGCGAACUGCGGUAAGUCUACGGAAGUGCACGGUGUUUGACGGGCGAUUAUUAUGUGACAGAAACAUCAUAGCUGUGUACGAGUGUACGGAUCGAACAUAUGAUCAAGCUAAUUUGUGAUUAGUUUUUUGGUGAAAAGUAACAAAGUUUUGAGGGACGCAGAGGGAGAUCAUUGCUGUUACGUUGCCGUGACGAUAAAGAGACGGGCGGAAGGAGCGAACUGCGCUAAGUCUACGGAAGUGACACGGUGUUUGACGGGCGAUUAUUGUGAGGCAAAAACAUUAUGGCUGUGAACGAGUGCACGGAUCGAACAUAUGACCAAGCCUAUUUAUGAUUAGUUUUCGGAGAAAAGUAACAAAGAUUUGAGGAUGGCUAUUGAUGAUUAGCGAAUCCGGGAAACUGUUUCUGCACGCUAAGGGAGUGAAAUGCUUGAAUUUGAUGCAAUAUGUCAUGGAGGAAGUUUCUUGUUAGUGACAUUAGCGACCAUGGCCCUCGUGCACGCAAGUGCUCGUGUUUAGGAGAAAGGUGAAAUAGGUAAACUGAAUGAAUGAGCGAAAAAUAACCUAUAAGUCGGAGCUGAAUCAAAGAAACGGAGUAGUUGGAAAGAAGCAACACUGGUUUCCCGCCCAUUACAUGUUAUUAUUUGGAUUUUAAAGGUGAUGCAAAAGGUAACUAACUCUGGAGGACAUAGCAAGCCUCAAGAAUUAAUCGGUAAUACUUCUCACAGAGACCUUUUGAUGAAAACAUAAAACUGAAGAUGCUAAAAUGAAAGAAUGUGAAAUAAUGUGGAAAGAGGAAACGGAGGUAUUAGAGUAUGAGAGAGAGGCAGUUAAUCAAAAAUGAAAGGGAUGUAGCUCACGCUAGGCUUGGGAUGGCAAAGAAAAUUAGAAGGGGAUUAGGUCCCAAAAGUAGAGUGAGUUCUUACGAUCAAGAGAUAUCUCAAGUUCCGAGGUUUGAAGGGUUUAGUAAUCCUUAUGAUUCCAGGCGAUACGGCUUACGUGACAACGGAACAUAUGAUGAAAACAAAUACCAAGGCCGGAGUAUAAAUGCCUGUAAAUAUGGAGACCUUCCAGAUAUGCCCAGUUUGAAUUUCAUAGCAAAAAUGGACUCGUUCGUCAAAGAGAUGCAAAAACCCAAUAUGGAUAUUGGGCCAUUUGAUGGUAACUCUCUUGACUUCAAUAGAUUUAUGAGACGGUUUCGAACAAAGGUGCUAAACUACUGCACUUCCUAUGAUGAACGUUUAAGCUACUUAGAACCAUUUACCACAGGGGAAGCAAGAGAAAGAAUACAAGAAUUUACGAGCAUGAAUCCAGAAAGGGGGUAUGAGGCAGCCUUGAAAGAACUUGAGGAUUGUUAUGGGAAUGAUGACGUUAUGGCCCGGGCUUAGAUCAAGAAGGCUCUGGAUUGGCCAGUAAUCAAUGGAAAUGAUGUUGGAACUCUUGACAAAUUUUCCAUGUUUCUCGCAGGAUGUGAGUGUGAUAUAUUAAGUAUGGAUUCAGUUAAAACUUUAGGAAGCCCAGAUAACAUGAGAAAACUUGUUAUGAAAUUGCCAUACAACAUGCAAGA